AUGGCCGCCCCUCCCGUUCCCCCCCGUCCUUUCAAUGCCUACGACGACUACCUCGACCACUACUCUCGUUCAUCCCCAGGUCCCCCCAUCCCUCCCCUCCCCCCCGGCUUCACUCCCGCUGACGCUGCCGUCUCUCCCCCUCACUUCGAGGACCCUCUCGUAGCGCCUCGCCCACACAAACUCCAGCCUGAUCUUCCCGCAAACAUGGCGCGCAACCUCGACGACCAGAUGUCCCAAGAGGCAUACCACAGAGGCAGGUCCCCCGCUCCCCAUCUUAAUCCUUCUCCUGGCUUUGCUAUGCCCCAUCGCCCUCACAGCAGAGGGCCUCCUGUGCCUCCACAGCAAGGCCCAGACUGGACCCCGUGGGCUCCUGUACAACCCCAUCAGGCCGGUCGCAUGCCGCACAUCCAGCAGUAUCCUCCUCAGCCUAAUCCUGCUUACCCGUCACAAAACGGCCAUUAUCCCCGCCAUAAUAACUCUUUAAACUCGUCCUUUUCUAACUCUUCCAUCUCAGAUCACGCCCGUCCCAUGCGUACUGCUUCUGUUUACUCGACGCAUGGACCCCAAAUGCCUCCUCCGCAGCAGCCUGCCAACACGUCUGCUCCCCCCUCCCUCACUGCGCCUCUUCCAACUAUUCCCACUCUUCUAUCUCAGCUACCUUCCGUCGAACAGCCACACUUCGACCCCGCCUUCAAAAUAGCCUGGUGUCGUGAUGUACUCGCCCUGGUCGAUCGCGCUCAGCAGCUUGCCAUCAGCGACAGCUCUGCGACAGAGUUCCCCACCGGCCCCGCACGCAUCGACGAUCCUGAGCUGCAGCGUCUCGUAGACAUUGCCCUCCCCCUGCUUGCCCAGGUCUCUUCCCUACAAGAAACGCCCAAGCCACCAUUUGUCUCUGAGGCCAUAUAUCUUGUGGCUACUUGUGAGGCUUCUGGUGCAUACCCCCAAUACAUUCAGCGCGAUCCUCGGUCGGCCUUCAGGCAUUUUGAACAGUCAGCUAAGGCCGGUCAUUACGCCGCCUGGUUCCGUCUUGGCAGGGACUACGAGAACUUUAAUGACGCCGAGCAUGCAAAGCAGUGCUUCGAACGUGGCGUGAAGCGCGGUGUUGAGAGCUGCAUCUAUCGCAUGGGCAUGGCGAAUCUCAUGGGCCAACUUGGGCUUCCUGCUAACGCUGAGGCCGCGCUCCCUCUCCUUCAUCGCGCUGCGACAAUUGCGACGACUGAGUGCCCACAACCCGCUUACGUCUACGGCCUACUCCUUCUGAACGAAUUCUCACACGUCUCCAUACCCUUGCCGCUUUUCCAGCCAUUCAUCCCCCCCGGCUCCAACGCACAAAUGGAGGCGCGCAAAAACCUGGAGCGCGCGGCCUAUCUCAACUUUGCACCUGCACAGUACAAACUAGGCCAUGCGUAUGAAUUUGCGUUGCCGCCAUUUCCGUUCGACGCCCUGCUCAGUGUGCAAUACUACUCGCUCGCCAGCCAACAGGGCGAGGUGGAGGCGGAUAUGGCACUGAGCAAAUGGUUCCUCUGUGGUGCUGAGGGUGCGUUCGAGCGCGAUGAAGCGCUUGCCUGGACGUUCGCCGAGAAAGCUGCUCGUAAGGGUCUGCCUAGUGCUGAGUUCGCGAUGGGGUAUUAUGGGGAGGUAGGUGUCGGUGGCCCGAAAGAUAUCGAGUCUGCGACCAAGUGGUACACAAGAGCAGCACAACAUGGCAACACCGAUGCUGCGGAGCGUAUCCGUGCGCUAUCACAACCAUCACCUCAUGCGCUCUCGCGUGAACAGCACGAGACACUUGCCGACACGACCAUCGUGCGUAAGCGGACGCUCGCGCGCCAGCGUUCUGACGCACGGCGUGGCGUCGCCGGAGCCGGCCGUGGAGGAGCCCCUGCUGCCGCAGGAGCGAUGCAAAGCGAGCAGAUAGUCAGCAAUGUCCGCGCUCUCAAUGUCCGUUCUCCUGGUGCUCAGGACCAGGCGCAGAUGAAUAGCGGGUAUGGGGGAGCCCCUGCACCUUCGCCAACUGUUGGUCAAUUCCCCCAGAAUGGGGGCGCCUUACAGGCUCCGGUGCGACCAUUCGCCAACGCACCGCGUUACAGUCUCGUCGACCCCGGUUCGCGCCCAAGUUCGCCUGGCGCGCGUCAACCGGCUUCUCCGGCACCUUCGCAAGGCAGACGCCAGGGGACGAAUGGGUCAGCUGUGCCAUAUGAUGGAGAGAUGAGCUCAGAACCUGUAGCGCCUCAGACGCCUAAGCCUCGCGGGCCGCAGACGUUCGAGGAGAUGGGUAUCGUCCCAGCGAAACUUGAAGAAAAAGAGUGCAUAAUAAUGUGA